AUGCGCUUCGCUGCUCUCGUCUCCACCUUCGCGGCCCUGGCUGCUGCCUACACCACCCCCGACUACAACAAGGCACCCGAGGGUAACCCCAUCCGCUCCCCCGGCCUGAACGAGCAGGUUCCCGAGGGCCAGGCCUACACCAUCAAGUGGGAUCCCACUCUCGGCAAGACCAUCUCCCUGGUGCUCCUGCGUGGCCCCUCCAGCAAUGUCGUUCCCAAGGAGGUCAUUGCCGAGAGCAUCCCCAACUCUGGCUCCUUCGUGUGGACCCCCUCCACCAGCUUGGACCCCGAUGUCACCCACUACGGCAUGCUCAUCGUCGUCGAGGAUGCCGGUGCCAACCACGGUGCCUACCAGUGGUCCACCCAGUUUGGUCUCUCCGCGCCCGCCGGCUCGGACACCACCACCACCACCUCCUCCACCCCCGCCGCCACCACCACCACCACCACCCAGACAACCAGCCAGACUGCCGCGCCCUCCUCCACCCCCUCCCCCUCCAAGCACACUAUCGUGACCGUCAUCGACAAUGUCACCACCACCUACUGCCCCGAGGAUGAGGCCAGCUCCUCCGCUGCUGCCCAGUCCACCACGGUCAUCAGCUCGUGGGAGGUCACCACCACCAUCUGCCCCGAGGAGACCGCCACCGGCCCUGUCGCGCCCCCGACCACGACCCCCGUCGCCUCCACGCUUGCGCCCGGCUCCAGCACCCUGAAGAGCACCCCCUACGUCCAGUCCACCGCCACUGCCUCCCCCAGCGCCUCGGCCACCCCCGCCUUCAACGCCGCUGGCCGCAACGUCAUCUCCUUCGGUGCCGUCGUCGCCGGCCUCGUUGCCUUCAUGGCUCUGUAA